UUGUAGACUUUUUAUUAAAUACAAUAAAAUUUAGUAAUAAAACAAAGCCACAUUAUUACGUGCAAAAUAUGAUUGCUUUUCAAUAUUCUACGUCCCUGUAACGUAUAUUAUUAGAGGACAGUGUAUAAAGAAACGAUAUCAACAUGGAUCACCCACUUUCCUUGAAGCUGGUUUCAAUGAGCCUCAUAUCUCAGUGUAAAUUGGAGGAUAUUCUCUUACAAUGUGGUGAUAAAAAGGACUUAAUUAUAGAUCCGAUGAUGAUUAAGCCGUUGGAGAGGAUUUGUGGUGUCAGUUGGCUCAGACAAAAAGGAAUUGACAAAAUAUACAAAAUGGAUCCUCAACUUGGUGCAACAGCAAAUACUAACAGAGUAUAUUUCAUCCCAGCCUGUAUUCAAAAAUACAAGUGCGUGUUAGAUCAGAUUUCUUCACUACUUAGUCAAAACACCUCUCUGGCAGACUUGAAAUGUUUUCACAUUAUUAUCAUACCAAAAGUACUUGGUUGUUACGACUCAAUGCUAGAAAAUAGAGGUCUUUAUGAUAUAGUCAAAUUGCAUUCAUUUUCAUGGGAACUGAUGGCUUUGGAUGAACAACUAUUAAGUCUUGAACUACCCUUUAUAUUCAAACAAUUCUUUGUUGAACAUAAUCAGUCAUUACUAUCAAGCAUAUCUAUGUCCCUGUGGAGUUUAUUUCAUGUUACUGGAAAGCCAAAAGCCGUAUUUUCAUUAGGAAAGCUCUCGGCUAGUAUUCUUGAUGUGCUGGAGAUUUAUAACGAAACUUACGCAAGAGAUUUUGUUAAUAGCAACAGUUCUGAAGAGAUUGGCGCAUUGAUUGUAAUAGACCGUAAUCAAGAUUACGCCUCGAGUUUAUUAACGCCCGCAACUUACAGUGGCUUAUUAAGUGAAAUAUUCAACAUCAACUGUGGACAUUUGGAUCUAAAUGUAAAAGAGACAAAAUUGAAAAAGGGUAAAUUAAACUUUAACUUUGAAGAAGAAGCUACAGCAAGUAAAAAUGUUGUUAUGACUCUGGACAGUUCAACAGACACUUUAUAUGGAGAAAUUAAACACAGGCAUUUCUCCGAAGUACUCAGCGUACUGAGUUCAAAAGCAAAGCUUUUAAAGAAUGAAGAUAUUAAAGCUCUAGGUAUUCAGGAAAUAAAAAAUUUUGUUGCUACAAAAUUACAGCAAGUAACCAUGUUCAAACAGAAUCUAGUCAAUCAUGUAUUAGCAUGUGAAACUAUUAUAUCGGAAAUGAGCAACAAGUUUGAAAACUUAAAACUGACUGAGACUGAGAUGCUGAACAACAGAAACAAGAAGUCUAAUUACCAAUUUGUAGAUGAAAAUUUUGGUACAGAUAUUCAUAUUUAUAACAGCUUACGGCUCAUGUGUUUACUAAGUUUAACUCAAGGACUGUCAUACGAUGAAUACAAUUCUUUAGUGAACAAAUACUUAUUGGCAUUUGGAUACAAAUUCCUAUAUGUCUUUCAUAAUUUAGUGAAUGCAGGAUUAUUAGUUCAGCCGUCAAGUCCGAAAUUAUCUUUGAACAUUUCAAACUUAGGUAGUUUAAGUGACAGAUUACCAAAAUGGCAGAACGAAUUUCAGAGUACAGCAGGUAAACUAAAGCAGUUACCAUCACAACCUGAUAAAGUUGGUAAUUUGUCACCUAGUUACGUGUUUAAUGGAGGAUAUGUACCACUUGUUGCUGUUAUUUGCAAUGUCUUGGUGACAGCAGAGUCUCUAAACGAAGUUAUGACAAAAUUGUCCGCUUUGACAGAAUUGAAAAUUGGCGGAAAGUUCCUUGAGAAGAUGAAAGAUGGAAUAGAAACACUGAACGAAAAACUGUCGAAUUUAAAACUAGAGAGCAACGACUUAGAAUUUGGAUGUAAAGAUGCCAAAAGUUUGUCAAAGUUGUUGAAAAAUGAUCCUAAUUUUGGAAACCUGUUUCCGUUAAAACCGAAAUCUGUGUUAGUGUAUGUGGUUGGCGGAGUCACAUAUGCAGAGAUCGCGGCUUGUGACGUCAUUCAGACGAGUACAAGCAGCAAGAUUUAUAUUGCCAGUGAUUUUGUUGCCAGUGGAAGUGAGUUAAUGAUGGCAAGCACUUGAAAAUGGAGGCAUCUUUAGUAAGUCAAGAAUGCGCGAACAUUUUGGACAUUUGUUAAAAACAUUGAUGUUAAAAAAAUAUUAUGCGAAAUGUAUUUAAUUUUGUAAGUAAAACUUGUAAAAU